UAAACAAUUAAAAUCACACUCGAAUCCUCUGUUCGUUGCUUCGUUACGCUCUUCUUCUUAGUAUUUCGUGCUCAAGGAGGGCGACGACGGGGCUCGGAUUGAGGAAGAGCAGAGAAAAAAAAUUUAUAGGGUUGAAAAAGAGGAGCUAGGGAUUGGAAACAGCUUUGUUGAUUGACAUGUGAUGGCUCUUCUUGGAUCCGCUAUCUCGGGUGAGGUUGGGUUGCGGUUGCUUCUCUGUCCACUUGGUUCAAAUAUUGUUAUCCGAACAGCAUGCUGUUCAGUUGGGGUUGUUUUCCCUGUGUACUCUACAUUUAAGGCUAUUGAGAAUAAGGAUCAAAAUGAGCAGCAGAGAUGGCUUUUAUAUUGGGCAGUAUAUGGAUCUUUCAGCCUUGCAGAGGUGUUUGCGGACAAAGUACUCUCCUGGGUUCCAAUGUACUACCACAUGAAGUUUGCAUUUCUUGUUUGGCUUCAACUACCAUCUGCUGACGGGGCUAGGCAAAUGUAUGAAAGCUAUCUGCGUCCAUUCCUCUUGCAUCAUCAAGCUAGACUGGAUCAAAUGCUGGGCCUUACAUAUGGUGAAAUGACUAAAUUCAUCAGCGCACACCAAUCAGAAAUCCAGUUCACUAGGGCCAUGAUUGUGAAGCUCAUGGCAUCAGCAAGCCAAGUGUUAAGGGACAUUGUUCACCCAGUGAAGCCACAAGGGCGUAGAGCAAUAGAAGGCCCAACAAGGCAAACGGAAGAUUCUGGGACAGAGAGAGAUGAUUGAAGCUCCUCAUGUUCGUAAACAAGCAUCAUAACUCGUUAGGCCUUUCUGUUGGAGUCUGGAAACUACAUUGGUACAAAAGAUGUAAAUAUGAACUCUUUGCAUGCCUCAGUAGGCAAAGGGUGUUAUUCGUUCUCUUCCUAGCACACAUAUUACUUGUACAUCUUUUGCUCUUUAUUUAAUUUUGAAGGUGUUUCUAUAGUGAUGUGCUGGAAGCAUGAGUGAACAAUUGCAGGCUUGUGGAUUUCUUCCUAAUUGGUUUGUAAUGAUGAAGAGGUGAAUUUUAUGCUGCU